UUGUUGUUGCUUUCAGGCUUAGCCCGUGAGGAAUCCUGGGAAAAAGCAGAGAGGGAGACUGCAGACUGGAGACUGGAACUAGAGCGUGAGGCUAAACUAAACAGGAGAUCCCACAACCAGCUCUCGGAUCCAACUCAAACUGAUUUUGCAGUCACUUUCGGUGUGGGAUUCAGGAGUCAGCGACAGAGCGACGGAGUUAUUAUAGAACAAACAACCAGAAGGAGGAGAGACCCAGCAGCAGCAGCAGCAGCAGCAACGACUAAGCCAAGUCUAUUAACAGGGCAAACAAGUCUGGUUCUUCUCGUUUUCUCCAACGACAAAGUGGCAGCGGGUAUGUGAGACGUGAAAGCUGGCAAUGAGGCGACAUCGAUGCCAGGAGCAGCAGCAGCAGCAGGAGCAGGAGCAGAAGAGGAGGCUGCCAGGAACCAAAUCGAAACAGUUAGCCGGCAAAUCGGAUUGCGAAUCUGCUGUAUUGACAUAAGGAAAUCGUUAGCCGGCUUAGCCUUUAGCCAGCCCCCAUCCCAAGCGCCAGAGUGGAGCCGAAAUUUAAAAUUAAAAAAUAUUGCAGAAAAACGAAUGGCAGCUGCGGGAGGAGUGUGGUGAGGUGUGGAGCAGAGUCGCUGGAAAUCAAAGACGGCACACAAAGUGAUAUGCUAAUGCAUUGGAUUUAGACAGAGACAGCGACCAAGAGAGAGAGAGAGAGAGACAGAGAGAGCGACAGCGACAGAGACGGGUCGAGUGUUGGGGCAUGAAUAUUUCAUGAGGCCAAAGCCGAGCGAGAGACAAGCCAAGAGCCAAGAGCCAGAACCAGAGCAAGAACCAGUGCCAGAACCAGAGCCAGCCCCAAGUGAUGACAAUAAGCUGUGACAUGGCGGCAAGUCGCUAGAGACAAGCUCAGAGACAGCUCAGGAGCUCGGCAGCUCGGCAGCAGAGUGAGAAUUGCAGAACGAGAGAGAAGAGACAAAAGUUUCCGGCUGCAAGAUGACAGAACUAAGACGAGCUAAUGGCCUGGACGCCUCCAUACCGCGACUCCACAAGCAGCACUCGCUGCGUGGCGGCGGCCAACAUCCCCCGCUGCUGCACUCGCUGGCGGAUCACGGCUGCAACCUGAGCAGCGGCGGCAACAGUGCGGCAAGCACCACCAGCAGCAGCACGGCCACAGCCACCACAGCACUCGGAGGUGGAACUGGAACGGGACCGGGACCGGGACUGGGACUGGGAAGCACUCAACGCAGUGUGGAGUUCGAUGAGCAUGAUAUUUUCUAUGUGUCGCCAUCGAAGCGAAAAGGCGGGGGUGGCGGUGUCCCUGCCAAUGGCGCUCUGGUGGCGCCACUGCCACCCAGCAGCAGCAUCAGCAACAGCAACAGCAAUCACAAUGUGGUUACCUUUUCCAACUUUGUGAGCGAACAGCGGGUGACGCCCGCCUCCUCCCAUCGCGGAUCACUGAAGCGCAGCAAGGGACGCAGCAAUCAAUCGCUGUGCAGCUGCGAUGCCGGCGACGAGGCACAGCUCCAGCUGCAGCCGGAUGCCGCCGCACGGCCGCUCUUCGAGUACAGCCUGGAGCGGAGGCGGAAGACCCACACAUACUCGUGCGAGCAGAACGCACAGAUACUCAUGAGACUGGAGCGCGAGCGUAAUCGUAAAUUAUCGCUGACUUUACCCGGAUCCGCCAUCGAAAUGGGAAUGCCAAUGGCAAUGGCAACUGGCAACGGUGUGGGAACGGGAACGGGAACUGGUGGCGGAUUGGUGGACCUGCAGUGCGACACGCCCAGCCUGUCGGAUGUGGACAUCAUACCGCCGGUGCCGCCGCCGCCUGCCAUUAAGCGCAAUGGCAGCAUGCGGAGCCUCAGACUUCUGCAACAUCUGCAGCAGCAGCAGCAGCAAUUGGCCAACUCUGGCAGCCACAACAACAAUCUGGCUCAAUUGUGCAGCAGCGAUCUGUUGCAGGAGUGCACCAAAUCCGCACUGGAUGAGUGCACUGCCACAUUGCUCAAGUGCACCGCCACCACCAGUGCCAGCAAUCAGAGCAGCACCAAUAGCAACAAUAGCAACAGCAGCAGCAGCAACAACAAUAACAAUGCGAAGCCAGAUAUCUGCCACACGCAUAGCCACAGUCAUGGCCACAAUCAUAGCAGCCACACUCAGAUACAGAGUCAGAGUCAGAGUCUGAGCAAGCCACAGAGCAAACAUGCCUCAAACCCGCCAUUUGCUGCCCACGAGGAGGAUGAGAUUUUCACGCCCCACUCAAAGAAAUCGGAUCCGAGUCUGUGCUUCCUUGCAGCCGGAAACGGAAGUGCUGCCUCGAAAUACAACACCAUCGGACCGAGCAGCGAUUAUGCCCGACACCUGGCCCACUACAGUCGCUACCUGCAAAAGCAGCACGAGCAGCAGCAGCUGGCCCACUUCCAGCAGCAGCGCUGCCGCUGCUUCUCCCAAUCGCUGCUCAAUUUCCCACAGCAGGGAGCCCAGAAGCAAGAGCCGCAGCAGCAGCAACAGCAACAGCAGCAGCAUCAGCACACAUUGCCACUGCAACAGCAGCCGGCCAUCUUUCACACGAGCAGCAUGGACUGGACAUUGCCAAUUAAUAGUCGCAGCUUUGGCAAUUUGGUCAACAUCGAAGGCAGUGCCAUCGGUGGCUGCCGUGUGCCGUAUCAGAAAAUGCCCCAACACCACCAGGGAAUCGGCAGCGGUGGGGCACUGGCCGCAUCCACCUUCACCAUGACAUCGUUUGACAGCGACAUCGGCCUGGGCAUCGGGCUGAAAGAACGCGAGUCGCAGACAUCGCUGCACCAGCAGGGUGCUGCACAGACGCACACCCAUCCACAUCCACAUUCGCAUCCACAUCCCCAUUCGCAUUCGCAUUCACAUCCGCAUCAUUAUCAUGCACACCAUGCGGUCGUGGGUGGAUCGGGCUCCGGCUCCGUCACGCCACAAAAGCAUCACCAGCUGCACUCGAGCGUUACGAGCAUCAUGCCAUGGAAGCACCGACAGUGUCCCAGUCGCGGUUCCUCCAGCUCGGGAACGAAUUCAUUCCGAUUCGAUGCGGCCAAGCAUUGGCUGGCUGUGAGCUCCAUACUCUUGAUAAUUGGGGCUGCCAGUGUGGCCGUGCCCCUGGCUCUACGUGUGGCAGCAAGUGCACCGUUUGAGGAACGCCUACGCGUGGCCGUUCAGCUGCUGGAUCAAGUGCCUUUAAUCGAUGGCCAUAACGAUUUACCCUGGAAUAUACGCAAGUUCCUGCACAACAAACUCAACGACUUUAAUUUUGAUGAGGAUUUGCGCAAUGUAAUGCCCUGGGGUCGCAGCCACUGGAGUCACACGGACCUCACGCGACUGAAGAAGGGACGCAUAUCAGCACAGUUCUGGGCCGCAUAUGUGCCCUGCGAGGCCCAACAUCGGGAUGCUGUGCAGCUCACCCUGGAGCAGAUUGAUGUGAUCAAGCGCCUCACGGAUCGGUACUCCCCGCAGUUAACCACAUGCACCUCGGCGCAGGACAUCAUUGAUGCCCACAAGAACCAACAGCUCUGCUCGCUGACGGGCGUCGAGGGUGGCCACUCGCUGGGCGGCUCGUUGGCCGUUCUGCGCACCCUUUAUGCGAUCGGUGUGCGCUAUAUGACACUCACCUCCACUUGCCAUACGCCCUGGGCCGAUUCGAGUUAUGCGGACGCACCGACCUUCAAUAUGAAGCAUGGCGGACUCACCCUCUUCGGCAAGACAAUCAUACGCGAAAUGAAUCGACUGGGCAUGAUGGUCGACCUGUCGCACGUCUCCAAGGGCACAAUGCGCGACGCCCUGGAGGUGAGCGAGGCCCCAGUGAUAUUCUCACACUCCUCCGCCUACGAGCUGUGCAACACGAGCCGCAACGUGCAGGACGACAUCCUGCAGUCGCUGGCCAAGAACGGCGGCCUCGUGAUGGUCAAUUUCUAUUCGAAAUUUCUCUCCUGCAGCGACAACUCGACCGUGCACGAUGCAGUCGCGCAUAUUAAUCACAUUAAGCGCAUCGCUGGCAUCGAUCACGUUGGCCUCGGCGCCGGCUACGACGGCAUUAAUUACACGCCCAAGGGUCUGGAGGAUGUCUCCUCGUAUCCGACCCUCUUUGCGGAGCUGCUGGGCGGCGGCUGGACGAUGGACGAGCUGACAAAGUUGGCGGGCGGCAACUUUCUGCGGGUCAUGCAGCAGGUGGAGAAGCUGCGGGACGACAAAAAGACUGCCGGAGUCAAGCCGUACGAGGACCAUCCCAAUUUCCGCACCGACGAUCCGUACAACUGCACCUCCAGCUAAUCGAAUUCGAAUACCGAAGCCGGCCCCAGGCAAUCAGAGGUUGUACUCGUACCAGAGAUGCAGGCAACGAACGAAUAAAGUUUCUGCCUUUCUUUUUUGCUGCAGCAAACAUUUCUAUGUAUAGACGAUAGAGGAUACACAAAAAUGUAGCCUAAUCACAGUCUAGAUAAGAUAAGAUUUGUAUAAGCUUUAAAUACCAUAGCUAAUAGAUAUAUAAACACCAUUUAUAUGCCUGAAUUUUGCGGCAGAAUAAUUUCCUCUUU